GGAGUUUGCUGUGGGUGAUUCUCGAGAGCAUUGCAGGCUGGAAGUGCAGCCUCUUGCCAUGGUGAAGAUCUUCGUGGGAGGGGUUUCCCCUUCCGUCACAGUGGAUGAGCUGAAGAAGCUCUUCGAGCAGUAUGGACAGGUGAACGAGUGUGACAUCCUGAAGAAUUUUGCCUUUGUGCACAUGGAGAAGGAGGAUGGCCACAAGGCCAUCAGCGAGCUGCACAAGCAGGAGUUCUACGGGGCCCACCUGACGGUGGAGUACGCCACCUCCAAGAUCCGUAACGCCACCAAGAUCUAUGUGGGCAAUGUCUCCAGCAAGGCCACGAGCCAGAUCAAGGAGCUCUUUGAGAAGUUUGGCAAGGUGGUGGAGUGCGACAUUGUCAAGAACUAUGCCUUUGUCCACAUGGCCAAGGAGAGGGAAGCCAUGGAUGCCAUCUUGAACCUCAACGACAUGCCUCUGGAGGACCAGAAGAUCUUUGUAACGCUGUCCAAGAGCAACAACUCGCUCAAGACAACCAAGGGGACCUCUGUGCCGCCUCCACCCCCCCCCAGCUACUACUUCCCCAGGGGGCGCAUCCCCCUGCCACCACCUCCAUAUACCCCCUAUGUGCCCCGAUCUUGGUAUGACCGGGAAUAUUACGACCGCUAUGCCUAUGAGCUCUACGACCGGGCGAUGACUGCCAGGACAGCAUACGAGAGGGCCCUGCCACCUCCGCCCUCUACCCCCACCGCAUACAGAGAGAGGAGCCCGGUGGGCAGGCGGACGACCGCUGCGGUGGCCCAAUAUACCGAUCCCUACGCUGCUGCGGUUGCCGCCCAGACAUACAGCCAAGUGUACAACCAGACGGGUUAUGCAGCAGUAGCGGCUGCUGCCGCAGCAGCCGCUACCUACUCCCAGUACAGCAUGGGUGCUACCUACAGUGCAGGGGAGUGCUAUGAGAAAUACAGCAACGGCUAUGCCACUCAAUAUGCCCAGACGUACUAAUCUUACUGGGCUCAUAGUACCCGGUGCUCGGAGGCGUAAGGGGGAAAGGGAUCUCGGCUGCAAAGGUGCAGGCAGAGCUGAUUCAAGACAGCGCAAUGCCUUUAACCACCACCCCGCUGAAGGAAGCGUGAAGCCUCCACUACAAGCUUGAGAGCAGACUCUGGGCCGAACAUGGUCACCGGCUGGGGCCAGGAAUUGCACCCCCCAUUGGUACAGCAUUGGGUAAUGCCUUCUACUGAUGUGGGAUACGUAACUAGGUGGACCACUGGUGUGUGAGAGAAGUGAUAGAGAGACCCUUUCAUUCCCCCCGCAGCAAGUCUGGGAGGUGAAGUGGGAGCAUCAGAAAAAAAACAGCCAACAGGGUAAACGUCUCCCUCUGGCAUCUGUUCAUGGCAGAUUGAGAUUGACCUUAUCCCAAAGAGACCUUACAUCAAGGUAACCCCCAGACCAGGAACUCUUUUGGCCUCAGAUGAAAUGUCAGGGGAAGAGCAGGAUUUCUGGAGGACCCACCAAGCAUCCUGCUAGCAGAGGUGAAAGAUGACUUGAGGGAUUCCCUGAAGAUCGCCCAGUCUCUUCUCUCUAACCACUGUGAGCCUUAAACACCUAUGGGGACUCCAGCCUGAGAUGAAGCAGGAGGUAAGCGGUUUUCUCCCCCCUUCCCUUUCACUUGCACUCCAAGAGGAAGGAACAGUCGUGUGCUUCUAUCACCGAGAGCACAAGAUCUGGGUUCUGGUCCCUGGUUCUGGCACUGACCUCAGGACAAGUCUGUGGAUCUCCUCUUUAAAAGGGGGAAGGGUUGAUUCAAGUUUGGUUAAGAUCUCCACUGGCUGGUGCUGAGUCAAGUAGUAUUAGAAAUCCCUGCCGCGGAGAGGUUAUGUUCUGAAAACGUGCCACUUGCCUUACUGUGGUAAUCUAGUUUAGGUCUUUAUAUGGUUCCCAUAGUGACUUGAUCAUGUCUGCAGCUGGGGUGGAGAUUUGAGAGUAGAGCAGACUUUAAUCUCACAGACAAAGGCAGAACAAGAGCCAAUUGGUGGAUGUUGAAACGAGACAAAUUCAGACUGGAAAUAAGGCAAAUUUUUAACCCCGAGAGGAAUUAGCCAGUGGACAUAGGGACGUUGUGGAUUCUCCAUCACUUGGAGUCUUUAAGUCAAGACUGGCUCUCUUUCCUAAAUCUGCGCUGUACCUCACACAAAUUACAGGCGUGAUGCAGGAAAAGGGAUUCUCUGACCUAUAGUAUGCAGGAGGUGAAUCUCGAUGAUCAGAAUGGGCCGUUCUGGUCUUCAAAGCAGUGAAUCAUUUCCGCAGUAUGUGAGCAUCUCAGUUUUGAAUGGAUUUAUCUUCCCAACACCUCUGUGAGGCAGGGCAGCGCUGUUCUCCCCACUUUACAGGUGGGGAAACUGAGGCAUAAAGCAACUAAAUGACUCUGCCAAGUUCACACAGGCAGACUGGCAGAGUAGGGACUCAAACCCAGGUCUCCUGACUCCCAGUCCAGCACCUGAGCCUUAAGAUCAUUCUUCAUCUUCUAAGUUACGUAACAUUAGGGUUGCCUUCUUGAAGAAAUACAGACCCUUGGCUCUGGUUAGGUGGCCCUACUAGUGCCAUGAACUCAGGCUGAGUGUGGGGUGAAUGCGGCCUAAGGUGAACAUACAGCUCUAGGGCAGCUGACAGUUCCCAGCUUCAAUUCCUUGGCACUACUGCAUCAAAAUGGGUGUGUGCUCCUCUUCCUUAUCAACCCAAACAGGAAGGGGCAGAUUGAGGUAAACCCAGGCCUUUGGCACAACAGACCACCCACAACAUGAUCCGUGUGUGGAAUGGCUUGGCGAUGACAAGAACUGAAAGGAAGCCUGGAGCUGGGGAGCCUCCAGCUGAAAUUCUCUUCUCUUCUUACUCUCUCCUAGAGCAGAGUGGAUUGGGCCUUCUCUCUCUCUCUCUCUCUCUCUCUCUCUGUGUCUCUCUCUUUCCCUCCCAGCCCAACUCCACCAUCCCUUGUUCUCCGAAAGCAGCGAGCUCCGUCCCUGCCACAGUGCUCUGGAUGCUGUCGGAAGGCUCCCUGCUCGGUGAGAUUCUCCACACCUCCUGGCUGCUGGGUAACGGGCGACGGGCGCAAACUCAGCCUUGGCCCGGCUCUGCCUGGGAAGAUCUGCAUGGAGCUAGAAGUUGGGAGAGGUCUUUCCCUGUGAUCAUGACUAGUGCUUGGGGUGGGAUUGAUCUUUCAAGGUGUUGAGAACUAUCAUCACCUGGUGGGUGGGAUGCCAGCUUGUAGGGCUGGCAUGGUUUGCAUCAUGGGCAGCUUUCUCCAUCUAGGGGUGUUGGGACAGGAGGGAAUUCUCUGGCGUAAAGAUCCAGGUUGUCCCCAUUUCCUCCUGGGUGAUAAGAUUCUUCCUGCAGCCUUUGGUUUGGGUGAGACUGGUGGGGGCAGCCUUGCAUCUUCGCUCUAUACCAAGGCAGCUCAGAUUUGGCGGAGCCUCUUCUCUGCCUCAGAAAGAUCUCUAAACCGCUGCUUCUAGGUGGGAGUCACCUUGCUUCCUUGUCUAACCCGGGGCCUUGACCAACACCACAGCUUCCCUCCUUGAUCUCUGCCCCCUGACAUGGGGGGGUCCCGCAUCAGAGAUGGAGCCAACAGAGCUCGUGUGUGGGACAAGAACAGAGGCGUGUCUACCCACCAGGCACCUUCAGCAGUAGUCUUGACUCCCUGUUCAUUGCAAUUGGCUCCAGCAGAGAAGAAUGAGUGCGGAGACUGCAGGCUCCUCUGCAUUGGAUGAGCAUGGCGAGCUGCUCCUGAGGCUGGUAGGUGUGUGUAUGGAGGCCAAGGGCGGGGUAGAAGGCUAGAGCUCAGUGCUUUUUGGGUUGGAGCAGUGGAAUACAUUCAUUUCCUAGGAGGCUCUGAGCAGCAGUAACUAUAAAGCCUCUCUCCUUUAGAGAUCUGGGUUAAACUUGACCACAGGAGCUACAUGAGACAAGUUGAGUUGUUUUGCUGCUCCCCAGUGGACUAACCUCCCCAUCCCCCACCCCCAAGAUGGCCAGAUAGCUAGUGUCAGCUCAGAAGAAGCCCAGGAAUGGACUGCUGGAGGUGGAGGAUGUUGCUACAGGACAUGAUUGGGGGCCAUUGGCUGCUGUGAGAGAGAGGAGUCUGGGGUGGGUAUUGAGGGGGAUCAGCAGAGCUGGGAGAGGAAGCCAGGGGACUGUGGGUCAGGAUUGAGAGGGACCUUGACAGAACUGUGUAGCGGGGGAGUUGGGCUGGGAUAGCUGGGCAGCUGUGGGUUGGGAUUAAGGAGCAUUGGCAGAGCUGGGACUGGGGGGGGCUUGAAGUGGAGCCCAGCCUGAGAUAGGCGCAUCGGCAGAACUGUGUGUGGACCCAGAACUGGAUUGCCUGCUAGUUCUGUGCAGCGGGUGCUAAGCUGCUGUGACAUUUCGCAUUGGAACUCCAUCAACACUAGGGGCAGCCCCCUCUGCAGAAACCUAGCAUCUCUGAGAACAGUUGGCUUCUGCUGUAUCAAUGACCAUUGGCUACCUGGCUCCAGCCCUCAUCCAAGGCCCAAACUGCACUUGAGUGAAAUUUGUCGCCCUGGCAUAGGGCUCUGGGAUUGGUGGGUGGCACCUGGUACAGCAUCACACAGGUAGGGGCUGUAGGGGCAACACUCGGGACUAAUAAACAUCCUUGUUUUAAGUAGCA